CAUUGCAUCAUCAGUGACCUAAAUCACAGCUAAUAUCUCAUUACUUUAACUGCAUGAGAUAAGAUUCGUUGAAAAGCUUGAAACAGUCUAGGUGUUUUCCAAAGUAUGACCAGAGCCAGGAUGUCCAAACAGAAAAGGAUGCUAGCCUGAGACCUCUGAGUCCCAUUGUGACUGUUAAACUCGCGUAUUUCCAUGCUGGAGACUCCAUUGCAACCGCUGAGGAGACGGAGAUUAUGGGACUACCAAAAUAGGACAGCAGCUGCUGCAGCUUCAUAUUCCUUAGUAUAAAUAUACUUCCCCACGUCGUCAUCCGAACUGAAAGCAAAACAUGCCCCUCUGCUGCAAGAACGGGAUCCCAGCAAGUGACCGGGAAACCACUUAGGCUGCCCUUAAUCUCCAGGACGCAGACAUUAAUUCAGCAGCAUCAGAGACAUAUCUAUUAUGGAUCAGGAAGAAUACACCUAUGACUUUAAUGAUCCAUGCCAUUCUGAGAGCUUUUUGGAUGCUUUCCGACAAUUUUACUCUGAAGGAUUAUUUACUGAUAUUGUUCUACAUUGUUCUUCUGGACAGUUCUUUCAGUGUCACCGAGUUGCAUUGGCAGCUUGCAGUACAUACUUCAAGGUUAUGUUCACAGCAGACAUGAAAGAAAAAUCCAAUAAUGAAAUUAAACUAAUGGGGAUAGACCACAACAUUUUAGAAGCACUGAUAAAUUUUGCUUACACAUCACAAAUAAGAAUAACAGAAAGAAAUGUUCAAAGCCUUCUAGAAGCUGCUGAUCUUCUUCAGUUUGUUGCUGUAAAAAGUGCAUGUGAGAAAUUUCUGGUGCGACGUCUUGAUACAGACAACUGUCUUGGGAUGCACUCCUUUGCAGAAUUUCAUGUUUGCUUUGAUUUGGAAAAAGAGUCCAGAAGAAUGAUACUUUCCAGAUUUGAAGAAGUUGUGAAACAAGAGGAAUUCCUGGACAUAACCAAAGACAAAUUCUUUUAUAUUCUGUCCAGAGAAAACCUUAGCAUGUGGAAUGAAAAGGUCCUUGUUGAAGCCAUUGUUAAAUGGAUUGGUCACGAUAUGGAAAAAAGAGUGGAACAUCUAUGUGAUCUCCUAAAGUGCACUAAUGUUGUUGUAGAUGAUCUUUACUUGAAGUCUGCCCUGGAGAUACAGAAGAUACACUUCCUUAAUGAAAAUAGGGUGCGGUCACUAGUAUACCAUGCACUAAAACCCCAUGGGAAUGAAGAAAACUGUAUACUGAAUUCUAAAAGGUCUACACCAAACAUGUAUGUUAUUGGGGGAUAUUAUUGGCAUCCACUAUCAGAAGUUCAUGUCUGGGAUCCAUUAACUGACACCUGGGUUCAAGGAACAGAAAUGCCAGAUCACACCAGAGAGAGUUACAGUGUCACAGUUCUAGGGGCAAGCAUUUAUGUAACAGGGGGCUACAGAACAGAUAACAUUGAAGCGCUUGACACAGUUCAGGUAUAUGAUGUUGAAACAGAUGAGUGGCAAGAGGAAUGCCCAAUGCUCAAUGCCAGGUACUAUCAUUGCUCUGUCACCUUGAAUGGCUGUGUCUUUGCUUUGGGUGGUUACCGCGGAGGGGCCCCAACACAAGAAGCUGAGUUUUAUGAUCCUCUAAAAAAGAAGUGGUUUCCUAUUGCAAACAUGCUUCAAGGUGUAGGAAAUGCUACUGCUUGCAUUCUUCAUGAUAUCAUCUAUGUAAUUGGAGGACACUACGGUUAUAGAGGGAGCUGUACUUAUGACAAAAUUCAGAGCUACCGUUCAGACCUCAACGAGUGGCAUAUUGUCACUGUCACACCACAUCCAGAAUAUGGCUUGUGUUCAGUCGCUUUCAACAGCAAGCUCUACCUUGUGGGUGGACAAACAACCAUUACAGACAGCUAUGACCCUGAGAAGAAUGAAUGGAAGCAGAUGGCACAGAUGGUUGAGAGGAGGAUGGAGUGUGGAGCAGUUGUCAUGAAUGGAUGUAUCUAUGUCACAGGCGGGUAUUCCUAUUCAAAAGGAACAUACCUCCAGAGUAUUGAGAAGUACAACUUUGAACAAGAUAAAUGGGAAAUUGUGGGCACCCUUCCUGGUGCAAUGCGCUCACAUGGCUGCAUCUGUGUGCAUACUGUAUAAUGCCAACUAAGGAUUCUGAAAUAGCAUUAGUAGUGAUGCUGUUGAUGAUGCAGAUUAUGGCUGGUUUCCUACACUGACUAGCAUUGCAAGCACUAAUGUGCAAUAUAUUGCAGCAGCCAAGUGACCUCUUCUAAAAUGAGGAAUGACCUGAUAACCAAUCAUUUCCUUCCUGUAUGUUGUGUAGCAUGUUCAAUUGUUCAGAAGAUUUUUCUCCAUGGAUCACUGAAGAUAGUCUGUACUCACCUGGACUUCCCUAAGUUAGACAGACAGAUAGAAAUAAACAUGUAUAGAUUCUGUAUUAAAAUAAUAAUAAUAUUGCUCUUCGAAAGGUAUGGGUACACUACAAAAUUUUUAAUAGCUAUAUGCAUAUAUAAUUGCUUUCAAAUUACUUUUCGUUAGCAGUGCAAUUUUAUUUUUCAUGAGCUAUAUAAUUAUGAAAUAUGAUGGAGCUAAAUCAUGAAACUUGUUCCCUGCCUUAUAGUGCAAGAUACUAAGCACAUCUAACAUCAGGCCCUAUAUAUUCCAUUUAAGUUGUUCACUUUUUUACAGGAUUGUUUAUUGUUUCCAGUUUAUUUCAGUAGGGUGGUUUUGCACUGUUUCUUUUUUGUUUUUUCUUUUUGCCACACAGUACAAACUGUAUCACUUUUUAAAAUAAUAUUGGGUUACUUUAAUUUCAUUCCCACCCAUUGGCUGCUGUUUGCAUUUGUUCAUUGAUUGGACAUGGCUUCUGUUUUCCAGCUUUUCUGGCUCAUUUAAUAAGCUGCAGUUAGCAGGUGCAUUUUACAGUAGUGUAGGGUAAUUUUAUUUAUAGUUCUCUUAUUAUUAUUAUUUAUAAUUUUAUUUUCACAGAGUUUGGGUGUUUGUAACUAGGUUUAGGUAUUAGGUUGUAUGGGGUUCAUUUAGUUAAGGGCAGUUUCAUCAGGACCUGGAGCAGAUUUUCAUAAUUGUUUUAAACAAGAAACAUCUUUAUUGAAUUAUCAAUUAUGACAUAG